AUGGCAUGGAUGAACUUAUCAACACAAGUGAUGGUGGAUGAAAACCUGGUAAACCUUUGCAUUGUGGAUACCCAUGGGCAGGAAUAUUUCGACCGUUUGCGACUCCUUGUUUAUCCACAAACGGAUGUGCUCCUGAUUUGCUUUUCAUUGGUGGGACCUUGGUCCUUUGAGAAUAUCGAAUGUAAGUGGUAUCCUGAAGUGAGACAUCACUGCCCUGAAGCACCCAUUAUUUUGGUUGGUACUCAGUUGGACCUACGUGAAGACAAGGAAAUGACUGACAAGUUGAAGAAGAGAAAUACCCUCCCCAUCUCAUAUCCACAGGGCCUCGCCAUGGCAAAUAAAAUAUCAGCAGUGAAAUACUUAGAAUGCAGUGCCCUGACCCAGGAAGGCUUGAAGAAGGUCUUCGACGAAGCCACCCGUGCAGGGUUACGUCGAAAACCUAUGCCCAGGCAAAAGAACAAAUGUUUCAUCAUGUGA